AACUGCAAUUGUCCUCUACUAUAACUAAACACUCACCCCAAGCACAAUAACACCGUCCCUUUCAUUUUCUCACUCAAAAAAAAGAAAAGAAAAAAAAACCAACAGUAACAAAGAUGUGUGGAGGUGCCAUAAUCUCCGAUUAUGAGCCAGUCGGAAACUUGUGCCGGAAACUUUCUACUCGUGACCUUUGGGCUGAGCUGGACCCAAUCUCCGACUACUGGUCCUCUUCCUCCUCAUCCUCCAUUGCCGGAAAACCUGAUUCCGCUCGCUCUUCCACUCACUCCGUUGAUAAGCCUAAGAAAUCUGAUUCUGCCAAAUCUGCUCAGCUCAUAAAAGGUACGAGUUUGAAGGUUGAGAAGGAGAGCAGUGGGUCAAGACCGAGGAAGAACAAGUACAGAGGAAUAAGGCAGAGAACAUGGGGAAAAUGGGCUGCUGAGAUUCGUGAUCCUCGGAAGGGUGUCCGUGUGUGGCUCGGUACGUUCAACACAGCAGAGGAAGCUGCCAGGGCAUAUGAUGAGGCUGCCAAGCGCAUCCGUGGUGACAAGGCCAAGCUCAACUUUCCCCAGUCACUUUCCACCCCAUCACCACCAGCCAAGCGACAGUGCGCUAGCACCACCGUCCCUGAUCCUCCAGCACUCCUCGAAAGUUCUAACAUAAUUUCUGACAACUCCUCGUUGAUGAACUUCGGAUAUCCGAAUGAAACAGUACCCUACUACCCCAUGGAAGUGGCCGCUGCUGCUGAUCAGGAUAAUCAUCAUGAUGAUUAUGAGCUCAAGGAACAGAUUUCCAACUUGGAAUCAUUCCUGGAGUUGGAGCCAGCAGAUUCAUCUCAGUUUUCAGGAAUCGUUGAUUCUGAUCCCUUUAAUGUUUUUCUGAUGGAGGACUUUGCUGCUACUCAGCAGCCGGUCUAUUGAGCAUGAUCAAAUUAUCAUAGUAGUUAGUUAAUUUCAUCCUGAGUUGUUUGGUGUGUAUUUUCUGGGUGAGUGUGUGACUAUUUAGCGUUUGACUGCAGUAGUAAUGGAGAAAGUACAUAUGCUAAUAAGUUGCGUGUCUUUGCAUGCAAUUAUAAUAGUAUUAAUGUUUGUUGUCU